AACAACAACGUGGAAUCGGAAUGGGUGACAACGUGGUGUCGGAAUUAAGUAAUUUGGAUUUGAAUAAGCAAAAGGCAUGUUAAAAUCUUUUAAUUGGAUCACAAGUGUAUUAGAACAUAAACGUAAUUAAGUUAUGUUAAAAGUGUUGCCGUUCGUUGUUGCAUUUAGAGGCACCAGCUAUAAAACAUUGCACAAUAUUCGAGCGUUACCGCUGAGCAAAACUCAACAGCAGUCAAUACAACAACAACAACAACAAGAACAACAGCAAGGCAUACGCAGCAGUCGGUGCUACGCAACAUUGGCUGCCAAGAUGAAGAAGGAGAAAAAGGAAAAGCCAGCUGCAGGCGGUGGCGAUAGUCGCAAAGAGCUUAAUCCAUGGCCCCAGUAUAUCGAGGAACGUAAUGUGUUUUGGAACAAAUGCAAGGCCGAAUAUGAAGCUGAAUUGGCUGCCAAGCCGCGCACAGCCAUCAAAGUAACGUUGCCUGAUGGCAAGCAGGUGGAUGCCACCUCCUGGGAGACGACGCCCUAUGAUGUUGCACGUGGCAUUAGCCAGGGUCUGGCCGAUAAUACGGUCAUUUCGAAAGUGAAUGGUGAGGUUUGGGAUUUGGAUCGUGUCCUCGAAGGCGAUUGCAGCCUGCAGUUGCUCAAGUUUGACGAUCCCGAUGCACAGGCAGUCUUUUGGCACAGCUCAGCUCACAUUAUGGGCGAGGCCAUGGAACGCAUCUAUGGCGGACAUCUGUGCUAUGGUCCGCCCAUCGAAAAUGGCUUCUACUACGACAUGCAUCUGGAGGGCGAGGGCAUUUCCACGAACGAUUAUGGCACCAUGGAGACGCUGGUCAAGCAGAUUGUCAAGGAGAAGCAAAACUUUGAACGUCUGGAGAUGAAGAAAUCGGAUCUGCUUGAGAUGUUUAAGUACAAUGAGUUCAAGGUGCGCAUUCUCAAUGAGAAGGUGACCACAGAUCGCACCACAGUCUACAAGUGUGGCUCCUUGAUUGAUCUGUGUCGUGGGCCGCAUGUCCGCCACACCGGCAAGGUGAAGGCACUGAAGAUAACCAAGAACUCGUCAACCUAUUGGGAAGGCAAGGCAGAUGCCGAGACUCUACAGCGAGUCUAUGGCAUCUCAUUCCCAGAUCCUAAGCAGCUCAAAGAAUGGGAGAAACUGCAGGAGGAAGCCGCCAAGCGGGAUCAUCGCAAGAUUGGGCGCGAGCAAGAGCUCUUCUUUUUCCAUGAACUGUCGCCCGGUUCGUGCUUCUUUCAGCCACGUGGCGCACAUAUCUACAACACGUUGAUGAAUCUGAUACGCGGCGAGUACAGAAAGCGCGGCUUUCAGGAGGUCAUAUCGCCGAAUAUCUACAAUGCCAAACUCUGGAUGACAUCCGGUCACUGGCAGCACUAUGCGGACAACAUGUUCUCGUUCGAGGCGGAGAAGGAGAAGUUCGCUCUGAAGCCCAUGAAUUGUCCUGGCCACUGCCUGAUCUUCGACAAUCGUAAUCGCUCCUGGCGUGAGCUACCGCUGCGCAUGGCUGACUUUGGCGUGCUUCAUCGUAAUGAGCUUUCGGGUGCUUUGACUGGAUUGACACGCGUUCGCCGUUUCCAGCAGGAUGAUGCGCACAUCUUCUGCGCUCCCGAGCAGAUCAAGAGCGAAAUGAAGGGUGCCUUGGACUUUUUGCGCCAUGUGUAUACUAUCUUUGGCUUCUCCUUUCAGCUGGUGCUGUCCACUCGGCCAGACAAGUAUCUGGGCGAACUAGAUCAGUGGGAUGCCGCUGAGAAGGCAUUGGCCGAGUCGCUCAAUGAGUUUGGCAUGCCCUGGAAAGAGAAUCCCGGUGAUGGCGCCUUCUAUGGACCUAAAAUUGAUAUUACCAUUAUGGAUGCACUGAAACGUCCAUUCCAAUGCGCCACUAUACAGCUGGACUUCCAGUUGCCCAUCCGAUUCAAUCUCAAUUACAUAGCCGACGAUGGCGAAAAGAAGCGUCCAGUUAUCAUACAUCGAGCCAUCCUUGGCUCUGUGGAGCGCAUGAUUGCCAUACUCACGGAGAACUAUGCCGGCAAGUGGCCCUUCUGGAUUUCACCUCGUCAAGUGAUGGUUGUCCCAGUGGGUCCUGCCUAUGAUGAAUAUGCCAAGACGGUGCGCGAUGAACUCUAUGCAGCUGGCUUUAUGAGCGAAGUCGAUUGCGACGCUGGCGACACGAUGAACAAGAAGAUUCGUAACGCUCAAUUGGCACAAUUCAAUUUCAUUUUGGUCGUUGGCGACAAAGAACGAUCCUCGAAUACGGUGAACGUGCGCACCCGAGACAACAAGGUGCACGGCGAGGUGUCUGUGGCGGAACUGAUCACGAAGCUGCAAAAGAUACGCGACGAGUUCAUCACAAACGAGGAUAGCUUCUAAGCCGCCUUACCCCACAUACUCCCUUUACCAAAAUAUAAUUCUCUAUUUAUAUAUAUCAAGCUUAUGUAUACCCUAACCUUGCAUAGCAAAGUACCGGCAUUUCUUAUUCAGUUGUAUUUACGCUUACAUCAACGAAAUCCUCAAAAUAAAUUAGAUAUAUGCAGUCUCGAAAGAGAGGCCAACAAA